CCAGUGCUUCAUUUUCUGUUGCAUCCAUUGAAAAAUAGCAGUAGUUAUUAUGGAUAUAAAUGUGUAAAGUUUGAUUGUUGGUGGUGUUCAUUUCAAAAUCAUAUUAUGGCUUUAGCUGCUAGUCCUCACCAGACUUACAUUCCUCUGCCAUCCUCCAAUUCAGGUGGUAGGCGUGCCGCCGAUCAUGAAGUAGUUCUAAAGCCAGUCCCCAUUUUUAUCGUCAUCCAUGAAUCUCAACUUCCAGCCACAUUUCUCUAUCCUUCCCCAAAAAAUGAGUUGGUUGUUGGACUUGACUGCGAGGGUGUUGACCUCUGUAGAUACGGAACUCUCUGUAUUGUGCAGCUUGCUUUUCCGGAUGCUAUUUACUUGGUUGAUGCGAUUCGCGGUGGGAAAAAGUUGAUUAAUGCCUGUAAGCCUGGUCUUGAAUCUAGUCAUGUCACGAAAGUUAUUCACGACUGCAAACGGGAUAGUGAGGCAUUAUACUAUCAGUAUGGUAUCAAGUUGCACAAUGUUAUGGAUACCCAGAUAGCAUAUUAUCUGAUAGAGGAACAGUUGGGGAAAAAGAGCACACCAGCUGGCCAUAUCUCUUUUGUACACCUUCUUGCAGAUCCACGCUAUUGUGGUAUUUCAUAUGUCGAGAAAAAGGAAGUCCGUUCACUUCUGAGAGAGGAUCCUCAGUUUUGGACUUACAGACCAUUAUCUGAGCUGAUGGUCCGUGCGGCUGCUGAUGAUGUUCGAUUUCUUCCAUACAUAUUCCAUAAGAUGAUGGAGAAAUUGAGUGAACAAUCAUUGUGGAGACUUGCAGUUCGUGGUUCACUUUGUUGUCGGUGUUUCUGCACAAGUGACAACAAAUAUGCUGAUUGGCCAGCAAUCCCUUCAAUUCCAGAGUUCCUCAAUGUGGAAAGAGAUACUUUGGAAGAGGAGAUUCUAUCGGUACUUGAUGUGCCACCCGGGAAAAUGGGAUGUGUUAUUGGUAGAAAAGGGUCCUCAAUUUUGUCAAUCAAAGAAUCAUGCAAGGCAGAAAUCCUAAUUGGUGGAUCGAAGGGAGCACCAAACAAGGUUUUCAUCAUUGGCCCCCUUAAGCAGGUAAGGAAAGCAGAAGCCAUGUUGAGGGGCCGGAUGUUAUGAGAUACUUUUGACCUUUUUGCUGCAUCUCGAAGCUGGAGCUUUGUGUUCAUACUACUUGAUCAUCAUGCUAAACAAAAACCUAUCUCCACUUUUGUUUUGCUAAUAUUCACCUUGAUCUUCCAUGCGAAUUCGUCUCACAUUCGAUGGGGUGCUAAAUGGAUGCAUCUUUUUGGAAGUUAAAUCUGUAUUUGCUUUACCAUUACUUGGUUUAUGCGUGAAAAUGAAAAAGAUUGUUUUAGCUC